UUGUUCCUUUAAAUGACUCUCUCCUCCCACAGGUUGCUAACAUAUCCGCGCCCCCAUCCAGCAGCAGCAGACACUUUCACAUCAACAAUGGGUGUCCUCGCCAAUUUCAGUGCAAAACACGCUCCUAUUUCAAUGAACAUGGCGGAAACUGAUCGCCUUUAAACCCUCACCUAUGCGACAGAGCAGCAGCUGACUGACCACAGACGCUGCCGCCGGAGAGAAAGAAGAGAAGAGAAACCGACUAAGUCAGACACACAGCCGAGAGAAGUGAGCUGUGGGUGUGUCUGCGAUGGCUGGUGGAAGGCGAGGGGCAAACCGCACCACAUACUGCAGACCACCGCUGAGCGGUGAACCAGGCUCGGUCAGUAACGGCAACCACUCCACCAGUUCCCCGGUAACUGGGGUGCGAUCACGUACGAGGAAUGGGUCUGGAACGUGCAUGUCCAGCCCACCCCUGGCCGCUCAGACAGUGGUUCCUCUGAAGCACUGCAAGAUCCCAGAGUUGUCUGUGGAUUGUAACGUGCUGUUCGAACUCCAUCUUUUCUUCUGCCACCUUGUUGGUCUGUUUGUCCACUAUGUCAACAUCUACAAGACUGUGUGGUGGUACCCCCCUUCUCACCCUCCCUCACACACGUCACUGAAUUUUCACCUCAUUGACUAUAACAUGCUGGUGUUCACAAUCAUCAUCCUGGCAAGGAGGUUAAUUGCAGCGAUUGUUAAAGAAGCAUCGCAGAGUGGGAAACUCUCCUUCCCCCACUCGAUCUUUUUAGUGAUGGCUCGGUUUGCUGUGCUAACGCUGACGGGCUGGAGCUUGUGCCGCUCCCUCAUUUACCUGUUCAGAACCUAUUCUGUCCUCAGCCUGCUCUUCCUCUGUUACCCGUUUGGUAUGUAUAUUCCGUUCUUCCGGCUGAACUGUGAUUUCCGGAGGGCAGGGCCGCUCUCGCCCAUUGCAAGCAUUGGCUCCAAGGAGGUGGGCCGGGGCAGGGACUACCUGACCGUGCUGAAGGAGACAUGGAAGCAGCACACCAGCCAGCUGUAUGGCGUCCAGGCCAUGCCAACACAUGCUUGCUGCCUCUCCCCGGACCUCAUCCGAAAGGAGGUGGAGUACCUGAAGAUGGACUUCAACUGGAGGAUGAAGGAGGUGCUGGUCAGCUCAAUGCUCAGCGCUUACUACGUGGCCUUUGUACCCGUCUGGUUUGUGAAGAGCACACAGUACGUGGACAAGCGCUGGUCUUGUGAAAUGUUCAUCCUGGUGUCACUCAGCACGUCAGUAAUCCUCAUGAGGCACUUGUUGCCUCCUCGAUACUGUGACCUGCUUCACAAAGCUGCAGCUCACCUGGGCUGCUGGCAGAAAGUAGAUCCCUCACUCUGCUCCAAUGUCCUUCAACACAUCUGGACAGAGGAGUACAUGUGGCCACAGGGAGUUCUGGUCAAACAUAACAAGAAUGUGUACAAGGCCAUGGGCCACUAUAACGUUGCAGUUCCAUCAGAUGUGUCCCAUUAUCGCUUCUAUUUCUUCUUCAACAAGCCUUUACGAAUACUGAACAUACUCAUCAUCCUGGAAGGGGCUAUGAUAUUCUACCAGCUAUACUCACUGAUAUGCUCAGAGAAGUGGCAUCAGACAAUAUCGCUGGCUCUGAUCCUUUUCAGCAACUACUACGCCUUCUUCAAACUUCUGCGAGACAGAAUAGUCCUGGGAAAGGCGUACUCGUACUCGAACAGCUCAUCAGACCAGAAAGUCAGUUAGACUUUAAGCUAUUGUUGGUCACAUUCACUUUGGAACAAGACAGACAUGCCUCAGAGCUCUGUAUUUUAUAAACUGCAUUUUGUGUCACGUUUUUGUUCAGUUCUGUCAUAAUAAAAAGAAAUAUUUUUGUAUUACUUUAAA